UCGUCGUUGCGGCCUUAACCGCCAUGGGUCGUUCUCUCCGCACGUUCGCGGCCUACACACAACCGUUCACAGUGAAAAAUGCCCGAUACGCAACAACUGGGUGUCCGUUCUCAAAACGUCAGCGUUCCCAAAUUGCCCCAACCGCGGAGUUGAGUGAGGAAAUUUUCUCCAAUGCCAAACCUUACUCUGAAGUUCCUGGACCGAAGCCUAUUCCUAUACUUGGGAAUACGUGGCGUAUGGUGCCUAUUAUUGGUCAGUUCGACAUAUCUGAGUUCGCUAAAGUGACCCAACAUUUUCUGGAUAGGUACGGGAGGAUCGUACGUCUUGGUGGUUUGAUCGGAAGACCAGAUUUGUUGUUUGUUUACGAUGCGGAUGAGAUAGAGCGGAUAUAUAGACGGGAAGGGCCGACACCGUUCCGGCCUUCGAUGCCCUGUCUCGUCAAAUACAAGUCCGAAGUCAGGAAGGAUUUCUUCGGAGAACUGCCUGGUGUUGUUGGAGUGCACGGAGAGCAAUGGCGUCGUUUUCGCUCGAAGGUCCAACGGCCGAUUCUGCAGCCUCAAACGGUGAAGAAGUACGUGGCUCCCAUAGAGCUGGUGACCGAAGACUUCAUCAAGUACAUGGAAAAUGCUCGCGAUGCGAACGGAGACCUGCCGCAUGAGUUCGAUAAUGAUAUCCAUCGGUGGUCGCUUGAAUGUAUCGGCCGCGUGGCUCUCGACACCAGGCUUGGCUGCCUAUCAACAGACCUGACCAGCAACUCGGAACCUCAACGUAUAAUCGACGCUGCAAAGUUCGCUCUUAGAAACGUAGCAGUUUUGGAACUCAAAGCGCCUUAUUGGAGAUAUGUCCCAACCCCGCUGUGGACUAAAUAUGUUAACAACAUGAAUUUCUUCGUCGAGCUUUGCAGCAAAUACAUAAACGAAGCUCUUGAACGGCUAAAGACCAAAAAAGUGACUUCAGAGAAUGACCUCUCUCUUCUCGAGCGAGUCCUCAGGAGUGAAGGGGAUCCUAAGAUCGCUACUGUUAUGGCUCUGGAUCUUAUCUUAGUUGGUAUUGAUACGAUAUCAAUGGCAGUAUGCUCCAUCCUAUACCAAGCAGCUACAAGGCUCAAACAGCAGGAGAAGAUGGCAGAAGAGAUCAGGAGAGUCUUCCCGGAUCCAAGCAAACCAAUCAAUUAUGCUGAUUUGGACAAACUGCAUUAUACCAAGGCUUUUGUUAGAGAAGUGUUCAGAAUGUAUUCUACAGUUAUUGGUAACGGUAGAACGCUUCAAGAAGACGAUGUUAUUUGUGGUUAUCACAUUCCCAAAGGUGUUCAAGUGGUAUUCCCCACAAUCGUGACGGGUAACAUGUCGCAAUUCGUGUCCGACCCUGAGGAGUUCAAGCCGGAGCGCUGGCUGGAGAGCGAUGGUCGUCUUCAUCCCUUCGCUUCUCUUCCUUACGGCUUCGGAGCCAGGAUCUGUUUGGGCCGAAGAUUUGCUGACUUGGAAAUCCAAAUUCUUCUAGCUAAGCUAAUCCGCCGGUAUCGUCUGGAAUAUCACCACGAGCCACUCGAGUACGCUGUCACCUUCAUGUACGCGCCUGACGGACCAUUGCGUUUGCGCAUGAUUGAACGAUAGACCUCUAAUAUUAUAAUUAAUUAAUAAAAGUGUAAUAAAUAUUUUUAUUAAAAAAAACUAAGGUCGGCAAUAUACGGACCGCUUGAAGCAAGCAGGGGCGACAGCUUCAAGGUGUCAACCGCCUGAAUCAGUUACAACUGCUCGAGCGGUUCGUGUAUGACUGUGCGUCCAUAGAACUCUGCAGUUCACUGUGCAGUCGCAGACUGCUUCGACGGUCCGUGUAUAGCCGGUCUAAGUAGCCUUUUAGGAAAAGGUGGAACAAUAAAAAGUGGUAUUUACUUAAUUUGAUUUAUACAUAGAGGUCUUGCGGUAAAAUGAUAGCGGUAAUAAAAUUGUAAAUUAAGCUUAUUGAUAUGUACCUAAAACAAUAUUAUUUAAGAUGUAAAUAAAAUGUUUAACUAUU